AUGGCAACCAAUAACGGCUACCAUACAGUCUGUACUGGCAAUGCCGCAGAGACUGCAGAGAAUCAUCGCGCUGCUGAUGACACUACAGAGUUUGAGCUCUUUGGCGCUUGUUUCUGCCCUUUUGUCCAGCGAGUUUGGAUUCAGCUUGAGCUACUUGACAUCAACUACAUCUACCGUGAAGUAGACCCUUAUGCAAAGCCCGCUGAACUCUUGGUAGACAAUCCCAAGGGCUUAGUGCCUUGCAUGCAGCACUACUUUGACAACCAAACAUUUCGUAUUACGGAAAGCACAGUCAUUAUGGAUUAUGUGGAAGACGUCCACUCAGCGCUUUAUAAGGACAAGACGCCUCAGCAGAAGGCGAUUGUCAGGUUGCGAGCAUAUUUCGUGAAUAAUACUUUUGUGCCGAGCUUCUAUCGUUUCCUGCAGGCAACGACGCCAGAAGGCCAAGUGGAGCAUGGCAAAGCGUUCGCAGACAAUCUAGGGAAGCUGUUAUCUUGGGCGGACUCAGAGGGCCCUUUCUUCAUGGGAUUACAGCUUGGUUACCUUGAUGUUCUCGUGGCUCCAUGGCUGCUGCGUAUCAGACGUGUACUGAAGCCCUACCGUGACUUUGAUGUCUCGUCGCCACGCUAUGUCAAGUGGAUAGAUGCUCUAGAGUCCCAUGCUGCAGUCGCGGCAACGAUUUCCACUGAUGACUUGUAUCUGGACUCUUACAAGCGAUACGCUGAGAACAGACCCAACACCAGUCAAGUGGCAAACGCCAUCAAUGCGGGCCAUGCAUUGCCAUGA